AGCGGCCGCCCGAGCCCCCGCAGGUAGGAGCGCAGCCUCCGCACCUGCCCCUGCCGCUCCGCGCGUUUUGCAGCAUCAUCGAGAGCCGCCGCGGGGGCAGGCGGCGCCGCUGCCCACCCGCGGGGCCGGGGCAGGUGCCGAGCCGUGCCGAGCCGUGCCGGCUCCCUCCUGAGUCCCGCCGCCCCUCGCAGCCCCCGGUCGGGCACGGCGGCGGCUGCGGCUGCGGCGCGCCCAUGUGAGCCCCGGCCGCGUGGUGCCGGCCCGCGGCGCGGAAGGCUGCGCACCCUCCGCAGCAUCCCGAGGAGGCCGUCGGGCAGCGCUGGGGUGAUGGGGGGAGGCACGGUGUCCAGCAGGCGGAGGCCGGGCCCCGGCCUGGCGAGGCUGUGGGGCUUGUGCUGCCUGGUGCUGGGCUGCUGGCGGGGCGCUCUGGGCUGCCCUGCGUCCUGCCGCUGCAGCUCCUGGCGGAUCUGGUGCGCCGAGCCGGUGCCGGGCAUCUCCUCCUUCCCCGUGCCGCAGCGGAGCGCCGAGGGCGACAAUGUCACCGAGAUUUAUAUCGCAAACCAGCAAAAAUUAGAAAGCAUUAAUGACAAUGAAGUUGGAUUUUAUGUCGGACUUAAAAAUCUGACUGUGGUGAAUUCAGGCUUACGGUUUGUGUCCCGUCAGGCAUUUACGAAAAACGUCAACCUACAAUACAUCAAUUUAUCCAGAAACAAGCUCUCGAGUUUGUCCAAGAAACCUUUUCGCCAUCUCGGUUUGUCUGAUCUGAUAUUGGUGGACAAUCCAUUCAAGUGUUCCUGUGAAAUUAUGUGGAUCAAGAAAUUUCAAGAGACCAAGUUUUACACAGAAACUCAGGAUUUGUAUUGUUUAGAUGACAACAACAAGAGGACAGCCUUGAUGGAUAUGAAGGUCCCAAACUGCGACUUACCCUCAGCAAACUUAAGCAAUUACAACAUCACCGUGGUAGAAGGAAAGAGCAUCACAUUGUACUGUGACACUACUGGAGGGCCACCCCCUAAUGUGUCCUGGGUGCUCACUAAUUUUGUUUCAAACCAUGAGAGUGACACAAGUAAGAAUCCUGCUUCGCUAACAAUAAAGAACGUCUCAUCCAUGGACAGUGGGCUGUGGAUUUCAUGUGUGGCAGAGAACAUUGUGGGAGAGGACCAAGCCUCUGCUGAGCUCACGGUAUUCUUUGCACCAAAUAUCACAUUUAUUGAGUCUCCAACCCCGGACCACCACUGGUGUAUUCCAUUCACAGUGAAAGGGAACCCUAAGCCCACAUUGCAGUGGUUCUAUGAAGGGGCUAUACUGAAUGAGUCUGAAUACAUCUGUACUAAAAUACAUGUUAUCAAUCAAAGUGAAUACCACGGCUGCCUUCAGCUGGACAACCCUACACACCUGAAUAAUGGUGCUUAUACCUUACUGGCAAAGAAUGAGUAUGGAGAAGAUGAAAAGCGGGUUGAUGCUCAUUUCAUGUCAGUGCCUGGAGAUGGUAGUGGCCCAAUUGUGGAUCCAGACGUUUAUGAGUAUGAAACCACGCCUAAUGAUCUUGGAGACACCACAAAUAACAGUAAUCAAAUCACUUCUACGGAUGUUUCCAACAAAGAGAAUGAAGAUAGCAUCACUGUGUAUGUUGUGGUGGGAAUUGCAGCGCUGGUGUGCACUGGCUUAGUAAUAAUGCUUAUUAUUCUGAAGUUUGGAAGACACUCUAAGUUUGGAAUGAAAGUUCAUGGUGAAGUAAAAGGAGUUGGUCUGGUAGAUCAAAUAUGGCUUUCGUUGCAAGACUGCGACAAUGAAGAACAAGUAAUGGUGACUGUGAACAAUGAUGUGCAUAAUAACUCAACUGCAUCAGAUAACAACAGACUGGGUUUUGUUUUAUUUCAUAAGAUCCCACUGGAUGGGUAAAUGAAAUAAGGAAAAGAUGAGAGAGGGGCUGUUGAGCUUGUUGUGGAAGCUGUAUGCUGCACACUAGGGAGUGGACAGUGUUCUUGCCCAGUGAAGUGCCACCUCCCUUGGACUUCUCUUUUAGACAUUGUUUGUGUUUGGAGAAUUCUAGAAGUACAUUCAAGUCAGUAGCUGUUUUUGCAAGAGCGGGGUGAAGCCAAGCCCUGAGGCAGCUAAAAAACUCAAGAAAGUCCAGAAAUAAGCUAUCACACUCUUUCCUAUUGCCUUGUCCUUGCUGUGUCUUCAAAAUGACAUUGAGGUGAAAUUACAUUACAUUGUGUCCUAUGUCAAUUUUUUUCUGUUUGAACUUAACUGGAAAGAUGUUGUUUUUAUAAAUAAUAUUUAUCAAAGGUGAACUGCAAAGUUGCAUUUAUUUUAUUGCAUAAGUAGCUCGUAAAACUCUUCCACAAACAAUUUAAGUGUGUAAAUCUGUUGAUUUCAGUGGGAAUACUGACAUAUGACAGGAUAGGGCCUUAAAUGCUAAAGCACUAAAUUGCAGAGUUGGCCAUAUAAAUCAUAUUUAUGCAUGUGGUUCCACUGACUUUAGCAGGAAGAGGCAGAGUAUAAGCAUAAGCUAUAUGGAUUAAGGGGGCAAUUCUGCUCAUCAAUGCUUUUUUGUUUUGAACAAGUGCCAUUGCUUACAUAUUCAGAUAGGCCAUGAUUAUGCAAUGUAGUCCUUAAGUUUGGGCAAGUGUAACUCUUUAGUAGACUGGAAUGCUGAUUCUGAACCAAGAGCAAGGACAACAACACUAUACAGUUGGUCUUUCAGACUGUAUACUUAGAGGUACAUUUAAUUGUUCAGUAUACUGUCCUCUGAGGAGAGUUUACUAGAAUGAGAAAAACUAGUCAAGGUACAAGCAUUUUGCAAGAACAGGGAUGCAUUUGAGAAUUAUGAUAGGCACUCAUUUUCAUGCUAUUUACUUAUGAAAUCCUGAGUUUAUAACUUGAUCUUUUCAGUUUAAGGAAUCGUUAUAAGAGAGGUGAAAUUUCUGUUUUUUUUCUAUCUGAAAGUUUGUUAUGAAAAUUAGCAGCAAAAGACUGAAAUAGAUAGAUGCAUAUAUUUCUAUGAAUUUUGAUUUGAUUACAUUUCACAGCUUUUGAUUUUAAUUCCUUAAAACAAACAAUAAAACAUGAGAUGAUAUUUUGUCACUUCUGUCUGGAUAUUUUUUUUUUCCCUGUGAGUGGGUUUGCUUUUUAAUUUCAGCCAUUUUCACUCUUCCAUUGAAACACUGUUGUCAACAUCAAUGGCUUUCUAAAGCAUACACUAUCCCUUUCUUUCUGCGAUAGUGUAUAUUUUAUAUAUAUUUUUUUACUCUCUUUUUGCCUUUUAAGACUCAGUCCUUUGAGUUUUUUCUUAUGUUUUCAUCAGUCUCUGACAUCAAGUUCUUUCUUCCUGUUAUGGUCAAAUUUUGGAAAUAGUGUCAUUAGUCAAAAAAUAUGUCCACAUUUGCAUUCUUCUGGGUGUAUGUAUUGAGAUACUUUCUUUCACUUGUCACUGGCUAUGGAAGGGCAGCUGCAGUUGCAUGUUUUUUUUUUUUUCCUUCUCCAAAAUCUGUCCCAAAGAUGUGUUCUUCUCCCCACAUUAAAGAAGAUGGUGGAGCUGGAAGUCUACUGAUGACCUAGGAAUUGUAGUGUCUUUGUCACCCUGCACAUACCAUGGUGAUUUGGGAAGGGAUGGCAGCUAUUAAAGAUAUCCAUCAUACUCCCUGUUUGGAGUUAGAUGUCAACAAAUGUUCUGCUGUUCCUCAGAAAAAAAUAUUGGGAAUAUCUGUUUUUUUCUUCCCUAUGUCUGUGUGGAAAUAAUCUUAGUUUAGGGAGAUACCUUCUCUUUAGAUACUGAUUCUCCUUUAACUUUCUUUUAAUUAUUUUAUUCUCAAAUUUCUUGCUUACCCAGGGAUCCCUCUCUCCUUUGAAAUAACAACCAAUGCCAUUGAGCUGAAUGUAAACCAACAGAGAAUCAUUUAGAUCUGCGAUUUUUGAACUAAAGUCAGUGGAGUUACAUCAGAUACAAGUUGGAUCAUAAGCAGAGCUUCACCCAGUAGCACAGAUUCCAGUCUUAAGUUAUGUGGGAAAAGUCAGCUUAUUUGAGUUAUGCAUUCACAAUUUAUUGCCAAAUAAAUUAGGUGAGAGUCUGAUCUUUUUUCUUUUGGCAGGGAAAAUACAGACUUGGAGAGUUGGAAUUUAGCAGAUUAUUUUUGAAAUAUUUCAUUUUAAAAGGUAGUUCUUUCUGAUUCAUAAUAUUUAUAUGCAUAAAUGUGCACAGUUAUUGAUUUGGAAUUUUGCAUAUUUUGUUGUAACUUAUUUUGUAGCACUUUGCAGUUCAUCUUUAUGAUAUAGGAGUAGUUUUGACCUUCAAGUAUUUCAGCAUGUACUGACACAAUAUGUUGGAUUUUAUAUAAUCAUGGAGGUAACUUUAAUAAACCACAACUGAUUUAUGCACCAGUGAAAUAUAUAUUUAUAUAUAGUAGAAUAUCUUUCUUACAUAUUUUGUAUUAUAUCUUUUAUAUUAGCCACUCAGUGCACUAUUACUUGAUGCAGAUAUUCACAGAUCCUUAUGAAUUACAGCACAUGAUUUGUUACUAAUUGUGUCUUAAUACAGAUGUUUAAUGCUUGAUGGAAAAAGACUAUGUGUUCCUUAAAUUGUUUCUUUUCAGUAUGUAGACAGAGUGCCUUAAAGCUAAGGGAGCUAAAUUUCUAUAUUGGAAAUCAUAGUACCCACUAGCUCCUGUUUUUCAGCUUGAUUUGAAGUGACGUUGCUUGUAACUGUUGAGAUUCUGAUCUGCUCAAAUGGUGUUAGUUUACAAAGGGCUCAGUUAAUUACAAAUUCCUGACCUCCUUAAAAUAAAGUGAGACUCAAACUAAGAAUCAUGCAGGAACCAUUAACAUGGUAAAAAUUGCUGAACAUUGAGGAUUUGAUACUAAAAAGCUUUUAUAUUGUUUCACUGAGCAAUAAAAAAAAGCUAUGAAAUGUUUAAAGGCAGAGUUUCUAUUUUUUUCAAUGUGCCAGACAUGAAACUAAAAUAAAAGCAUAUUUCUAAUGUUCUGCUAGAAGGGAUUUGUGCUCAAUUUUGCUUCAAAUUGAGGUUUAAUAUAUUCAGAGAAAUAAUACUGAGAUAAGCUGUUGAGCAGUUUGAUGGGCAGAUUAGUUGGGAUACUGGAGAGGGAGCAGUCCUAGGGGUGAGUUUUGGUGUGGGGCAGGGCAUGUAACCAAGGCUGUUAAAAAACCCAUUCCUGUUAAAUCUGGGGGAAGUGCCAGGUCUAUAUUGCACAUGAGUGCAUUGUUCCCAGGCGGAGCCUGGGGUCUGUAAUGUACUUGCUGCAGUUGCCUGUCACAUCAAGUGGGGUGGGGGACCUCAGGAUGGCUCUUCCUGCAGAAAGUGCUUGGGGACCAUGUCCUUUAUUGAUGGGAGUUAUAGAGGUUGCUGUGACACAUUUGUAAUGUGUUUGGGUAGCAAGGCACUCCCCAGCCUUUCCACUGCCUUUGAGUACCAGCUGGAUCUGUCCCACACAGCACUGAAGAGAGCCAUUCAUUUCAGCAGGAGCAAGAUCCCUGGGGGCAGCAGACAAUGCCAAGAAAAUAUGUGGACAACUACUUGGAAACAAUUCUACUUCAAAUAGCUCUCACAGGAAUUGCUCUUUCGUUUUUUUGACUGUGGGCUGAAGCACUCAAAAUCCACUUCUUUCCUAUGGUGCAGACACUCCCCUAAGCACCGUUCUUCAAAUAUUAAAAGACUUACGGAAGCCUGCCAUGUAGGAAUGACCAAUGCACUUCUACUGGCUCUCUUGACAACAGUAUUCAUACAAAGGUCCUGUUUCUGAGACCUGGCUGUCCAUGACAUGCUGACUGUUAAUCAUCAGCAUGAAGGACAGGACUUCUUAUGCAGCUGUUUGAAUGUUUGAAGAUGUUCAAGUGGUUUGUAAAGUCGGAGGCCAUUAUCAGACAAAUAGAAGAAGGACCCCUUCUGACAUCGUUUUAAUUCAGCCCUUCUUUGCCUGUUGCAUAUUCAACAUUUGCAAUAAUCUUGAAUUUAUUCUUGAAUUGGCAAGUAAAUAUUAUGUUCAUUUUCCUUUCAAAAGGAAACCCCCAAAGUUUACCUGAACAUAUUUAGUACUUUCUUCUUCCUCAUUGCACUCUCUGGUUUCUUCUCUUUACAAUUUUCAGCUGCAAAGUUCUCUCUUUCUUUCUCUUCUCUUUUUGAGAGACUUGACAUCUUCCUUCUUGAUGUGCUGUAAACUCUCUUUUCCUUACAGUAUAAAUGUGCAGGGUCUUUGAAUACCCUUUUGAAGGGAUUUGCCAUCUUAAUGUGAUGGUGUAAAGUAGUCUAGAUUACAAUGUAGGCCCACAUUGUGUCGUAUUUUGUCAUCUGAUCUCUACAGCAGGAGUUCAUGGAUGGUUGAAUGUGUUGAGAACAAUAAAUACAGCAUGAUAGGCAGCACAGAGAAUAUUGGUACAGUGUGUUUGACAUGUUUCACUGCCCAUUUCAUUGUCCCACUUUCAUGGAAAUGUGUAUGUCCAAGGUUUUGAAGCUGGCUUUCAUUUGUUCUGUGUAUCUUUUGUACAUACAAAUUAAAUGAGGUGUUAAAAUAACAAAUGAUUUAUUAAUUGGAAAUAAAUAUAGUUAUUUAAUUCCACAAGCAUGUAAAUUAUUUGAUUGGACUUUUAAAAGAGGUUACUGCCUUUUAAUCAAACCUCAACAUUAACUGGAAGUUAUUCAUAUUUUAUAUUAGAAAUCGAUUUCAGAAAUUGAACUAUUCAUCAAAAAAGAUAGAUUGAAAGAGUCCACAUUAUGGGGUGUAUUAUUGCGAUGAGGAGAUGCCAUUAUCCUUCAAAUUUUAGUAGCAUGCUUCCAUGAUUAGCUGUAUUUUUGCAGCUGCAAGGAGUGUGGUGGAUAAGCACAUGUGCCCUGGUUUGGAGCAGAGAUGCAGGCAAUUUAGAGCCAAACUGCUUUCACUUUGAAGAGGGCAAUUUUCCUGUAGUCCCUAGAGGCAGCAACUCACACCAGCGUUACUGAGCAGAUUAGGCUUAAUAUAGGAGGAGACUUCCCUUGUUGCAUACGCAUUUUCACUGUAACUUCUUUUCCUUGGCUGGAAUGAUAAGAGCUACCAUGUAAGAUUUCAGGGAACUAUAUGAUACUCAAGAAAGUAAAGGGUGAGGUUGUGGCUUUCUUCUCAUGGUUUUGGUUUUUCAUUGAUGUAAGCAGUGUCUGGCUCACUCCCCAGGCAUGUCCAUAAAACAGGAAAAGAAAUCCUGAUUUUUUCCUGAUUUUUUUUUUUUGAACUCAGCUAUUUCAUUGAAUGUUAGUGGAUUUGCUAGUGUAAGAGCAGAAAUGAGCUGCUGUGCUGCUGAGACCAAAGACUUUGGCAAACACAUUUAAAAUGUCUUCUGCUGUCAUUCAGAGCCCUUCAUUGGCUGUUUCUUAGGCUUAGCUUAUAUUUAAAAAUAGGAAGAGCGUUAUUCUGUUGUUAUAAAAGUAUAAAAUUAAAAAAUAUGUAUAUAUAUCAAAAGAUAGCACAAAAAUGACUUCUACCAUUACAGAACCCUAAAAAAUAAAAUAAAAAUUGUUUGCUGUAAUUCAUCAGCAAGCUGUAAAUCUUUGCUCUCUUUCUCUCUCUUUUCCCCCUCUAAUUCUUCACAGAGAAACUGUUUUAUAUUUCUUGUAAAUAAAAGACAAUCAUUGGUUUUAUUUCCAAGUACUACCAUAACAAUUUGGACAAUCUAUACUUAAAAACAGUAUACUUGAUGAACUUAUUUUUAACAGGACAAUAAAGUUUUGUA